AUGGUUCGACAGUCUACGAGGAAACGGUCGGCGCCUGCGCCAGUGGAGGAAAAGUCUCACGCGCCGGAGGAGCUUCAAGAGGCAAACUCGGACGCUGCUGAGGUGGAAUCUGAGCCGGAGCAUGAGCCAGAGGCAGAGUCGCAAGAAGCUGAAGGCGGCUACGAAGGAGAGCACGGCAGUCUGCGGUUUAACGAGGAGCUAUCAUGGCGGCCUGCAAAGCCAAUCCCCAGCGGCACUCUGCUGACUCGCCUGGAGAAGCUGUCCAAGGAGCUGGCAGAGUUUGAGCAGGGCGAAGUCGAUCUGAGCUCGCUCAGGGAUGUUGCUGCCCAGCUGGCGCAUCGCAAUCUGCUGCAGCAUAAGGAUAGGGGAGUCAAGGCCUACACUGCCUGCUGUUUGGUGGAUAUCCUACGGUUGUUUGUCCCAGAUGCCCCGUUCACGGAUGACCAGCUCAAGAUGAUGUAUGGUCUAUUCAUCAAGGAUAUUCUGCCCAGCCUCCAAGACCCCACGAAUCCAUACAACAGCCAACACAAAUACGUUCUCAUGUCUCUGACUGACGUCAAGAGCAUUCUACUGCUAUCGGAAAUCCAUGGAGCCGACGACCUGUUGCUGCGUCUAUUCAAUUCAACUUUUGAUGGAGUUUCUGCAAACGCAAAGGCACCAGCUGAGGAACAGGUUGCAAAAGAUGUCGAAAUUCACUUGACGGAAAUGCUAAUCCAACUGAUUGACGAGUCUCCCGGUAGCGUUCCAGCCAGUGUCAUCGACGCCAUCAUCAGUCAGUUUUUGCGAGCUGCCCCCCCUGAGCCAGCGGCCUAUGUCAUGGCCAAGGCUAUUUGUAAUGGAUGUGCAGACAAAAUGGCACGUUAUGUUAGUCAGUAUUUCAGCGAUGUGAUCCUCAAUGCCUCUGGAUUUGCAACGGCAGGGGGUGCUCGCCACGGAGACGACUCGGAUGAAGAAGAUGCCCAUGCAGGGCCCUCGGAAGCGGAUCUGAAGAGCCUUCGCCAGGCUCAUCUUCUUAUCCGAGAACUUUGGCGAGCAGCACCUGCUGUACUUCAAAACGUCAUUCCUCAGUUAGAUGCCGAGUUGUCCGCCGAUAACGUACACUUGCGGCUCAUAGCCACGGAGACAUUCGGUGACAUGAUCUCCGGUAUUGGAGCUGCAGGCCCACCACAGCCUCCUGUUCUUGAUCCUGCCGCAUACCCUCCAAUCAAGCUGAUGGAUGAUAGUCCAGCAGUAGCCGAAGCCAAUGUUCUCACCAAGCCAUACUCUCCACAGUCCUUCGCCCAAACACAUGCGGCAACUUACCGCAACUUUGUUGGUAGGAAAAACGACAAGACAGGUACUAUCCGGACUGCCUGGGUAACUGCUGUUGGUUACAUUCUUUCUACUUCUGCUGGUGGAAUUGGACUUAGCAGCCAAGAGGAGAGCGAGUUGGUAAGGGCGUUGGUUGACAAGCUAAAUGAUAGCGAAGAAAAGGUUCGUUUGGCAGCUGUCAAGGCAAUCGAGCUAUUCGAAUUCCGGGACAUUGUCCUCAAACUUGGCAUCAUUGGUGGUGUUGAGAAAGAGGGCUCAGUCUUUGCCAGCCUAGCAGACCGAUGUCGAGACAGAAAACCCGCCGUGCGUGUUGAAGCAAUGGUUCUGCUCGGCAAGCUUUGGGCAGUUGGAGCUGGAGAGAUUGCAGAUGGACAGGAAGCUGUUGUUGCCUGUCUCUCAGGCGUUCCGUCACGCAUUAUCAAUGCUUUCUACGCCAACGAUCCCGAUCUCAAUGUUCUCCUCGACCGUGUCAUGUUCGAAUGUCUAAUUCCCCUGAAAUAUCCCCUCAUAAAGGGCAAAGGUGCUAAGACCGCGGCUGCGUCCUCACAAGGAAAAGCUGCUGUUGGCCAAGCAGAUCAGGACAAGAUACGAGCCGAAAGAAUUCUACUAAUGCUCAAGUCCCUGGACAGCGCAGCGCAGAAGGCCUUCUUUGCCAUGCAAGCCCGCCAGCCUCAGUUUGCCAAGGGUGUUGAGAUCUUCAUUCAGCAGUGCGAGGCGUACAACGGCGGCGUUAUUGAAGCGAAUGAGGAAAAGGUCAAGGCUGGUCUCUCCAAAACAAUUCAAUGGCUUGGUGCCUACUUUCCCGACCCAUUAAAGGUUCGCGCGGACCUUCAAAAAUUUGUCAAGCUCAACGAGCGUCGCAGCUACCAACUCGUCAAAUAUGCCAUAGAGUCCGAAAGCGACUUCAAGACCGUGAGACGAGCCAUUGCGGAGCUGAUUACGAAAAUCUCAGCGACCUCUGCAGCCGGUUCUCUAGAUACAAUCAUUCCCUUGCUGUAUCGGUCAAGCUGCCUCAUGUUCAACCGAAGCCACCUGGCAACCAUCAUGGACUACUCCAAGAGUGAUAAGAACGGCUUCGCUACUGUAGCACAUCAGGUGCUCAAUGACAUAUCUCAACGCAAUCCCGAUAUUUUCAAAGCCCAUGCGGAGGAACUGCGGAAAGAACUUAUUCUGAAGGCGCCAACGGAGACCAGCAAGUCUCAGGAUGCUGCCAUCGGCGACAUUCUCAAAGCCUAUUCAUCUUACGCCAAGAGAUAUCCGGGUGAUAUCACCUUUGACAAGAGCUUCACGCAGACUCUUAUGAAUUACGCUCUCUAUGGUGUACCCAUCAAAACGUCAAAGUACGCCAUCAACGUCCUUCUUGCGAAAAACGAUGACAAGAGCAAAGUGACGGCUACGACCCUCUUGCGUAAGGCGAUGGCGAACUGGAAGUACGAAGCGCCCCAUUUCCUCAACAAGCUGGCCACCAUCAGUCAGCUAGAGCGCUUGGCACCGACCGUUACCAUGGACUCGGACCAAGCAAUCAACGAUAUGACCAUAAAGAAGAUUCUACGUGAGGUACGGACCGAAGCCACGCCGAAAGAUCCAUCCUGGGUCGAUGAUGCCGACAUGGAUGAAGAACUUCAUGCGAAGUGUCUUUCCCUGCGAAUUCUCGUCAACCAAGCUCUCGCUACAUCAACAGAUGCCGACGCGGAGGAGCGUAUCAAGCCUAUCUUUAAACUCCUCAAAACAUUUGUUGUCGCGGAGGGUGAAUUUUCCAAAGUCAAAGACACGCCCAAACACCACAAGAAGCGUCUCAGGUUGAUGGCCGGUCUCAUGAUACUGAAACUCUGCACGGUCAAGAAAUAUGAUGACCAAUUCGACCCUGCAAGCUUCAACAAGCUUGCAGAGCUUGUUCAGGACACUGAGCUUCAGGUGCGCCGUCGCUUUAUGGAUAAGCUGCAAAAUUAUCUCACUCGGGGGAAGCUGCGCGCGCGCUUCCUUACCAUCCUCUUUCUCACAGCAUUCGAACCUUUCCCAGACCUCAAGAAUCGUGUGGAGACGUGGCUGCGGUCACGCUCUCGAUACUACGCCGACAACAACCAGCAAAUCAUGGAGGCUCUCAUGGGAAGACUUAUCCCUUUGUUGGCUCAUCACCCUGACUAUAGCCCGGACCCAGCUGACUUGGUGGAUUUUGCAAAUUACUUCCUCUUCUAUCUGGGCGCAGUUGCUACUGAGCAGAACAUAUCGUUAAUCUACAAGUAUGCUGAGAGAGUCAAGCAAACGCGCGACGGUGUCGACCCAGAGAAGAGUGAGAAUCUUUAUGUAUUGAGCGACCUCGCUCAAACAUUAGUCCGCAGGUUUCAGGAGAGGAAGAAUUGGAGCUUCCAGGCUUGGCCGGGCAAGGUCGGUUUGCCUACAGGGCUGUACACUGCUCUUCCAUCUAGCGAAGUUGCACAACAUAUUGCGAAGAAGCAGUAUAUUCCGGACGAAUUGGACGAGAAACUGGAUGAUUUGAUUCGGGCAAUGGACCGCAAGAAGAAGCGAAAGUCGAUACAUGAAGCAGUAGACCAUCCAGCGAAGAGAUCCAAAACUCAGCUGAAGACAGUUAUCCGAGAAAAGCCAGGCCCAAAGACGAAGACAGCCAAGGCUCCUGGCAAGAAAUCUGCAAGGCCCAAGGCGGCUAUCAAGGCCAAGAAAGCUGCUCCUUCUGUGCCAGAGGGUGAACGACGUCGUAGCGGUCGUUCUCACGCCAUUUCAACUUAUGCGGAGCGCGGAGACGAGGAGGAUGAAGAAGAAAUGUUGGAGGGAGUCGCGGAGUGGGAUUACGGCAACGAUGAUGACGAGGAUGAUGAGGAUGCAUCUGAGCAAGAGGAAAGCGGCAAUGAAGAUGACAACGAUGGCUCCGAGUCGGAAAACGCCGAGCCCCAGGCCGAAGCAGAAGAGGCUGCUGAGGAAGAGGACGAGGAAUCAGAGCCCGAGCCCGAGCAGCCCAAGAGCAACGGAAAGAAGCCGGCCGCAUCCAGGGGUAAGGGGAAAUCGCCGGCCGUCAAGGCCAAGGCGAAGCGAGCGACGCGGCCUACUCGCGGGCGGCCACCCAAGGAAACCUCGGACAUGGACGUGGAUGAUGAUGACGACGAGUGA